CCACAAUCGCACACUCGCACCAUCGCACCGUCGCCCGCAGAGCCGUUAGGUUUAGCAAAAAUCAAUACGAAUCCACGACUGUCAACGCGCGCCAAACGACAAAUCCCGUCAGCACCCACGAUCGACCCCUAACGACCGACCACCGACGCAGCCAUGGCCACCGAGCUUACCGUCCAGUCCGAGCGUGCUUUCCAGAAGCAGCCGCAUAUCUUCACCGCCCAGAAGGUCCGCUCCGCUAAGCGCAGAGUUGGAAAGGGAGGAAGGAGAUGGUACAAGGACGUCGGUCUGGGUUUCAAGACCCCCAAGACCGCCAUUGAGGGCACCUUCAUUGACAAGAAGUGUCCCUUCACUGGUCUCGUCUCCAUCCGUGGACGUAUCUUGACCGGUACCGUUGUGUCUACCAAGAUGCACCGCACUCUCGUCAUCCGUCGGGACUACCUCCACUACGUUCCCAAGUACAACCGUUACGAGAAGAGACACAAGAACAUCUCGGCCCACGUUUCGCCGGCUUUCCGUGUUGAGGAGGGUGACCAGGUGACCGUCGGACAGUGCAGGCCGCUGAGCAAGACUGUCCGUUUCAACGUUCUCCGUGUCCUUCCCCGCACCGGAAAGGCUGUCAAGUCGUUCAACAAGUUCUAAAUUUGUGGUACUUUGGGAGCUGAUCAUGGAGAAUAUAAAAUAAAAUGGGUCUUUUGUUUCUCCAGGUGUUGUCUUUUUAGUCUUUGGUUUUUGCAUGAACGAUUUCCCAGAAAGCAAGCAUUUCGAGCAACACUGCAACUAAUCAACCCACUUGAAUGUGACGGCACGCUUUCUUUUUCGCCCUUUCUUUCGGCUUAUGCAGCUCAGCAAUUGGUCCGGGAUAAUGGACUUGGGAAUGGAUGGCAAUCGAUAGUGGCUGUUUCUUGCAUCAUACAAAAGGCGAUCAGAGAAACAAGUCAUGUCCGCAGCCCAAUUUAGAGAUGUGUCAAGUCGAUGAGCGUCUUCAAAGGUCGUGGGGGG